AUGGUGGCCCUUGUGCAGCGCUCCCAGUGUGAGUGUGUGCCAGAGGCAAUUGCACAGGGGUUUUGUGGGCCAAGGGAGGAGGACCGCCAUGCUGCUGGAGAUGACGUGGUUGACAGCCUUCAAUAUACGGCACCACAUGCUGCAACACCAGUGCCACCUCCAGUAGCACCAGCAGUAGCAGCAGCAACACCACCGCUACCACCACCAGCAGUGCUGUUAGUAGAUGCGCAGCAGACACCACCACUACCAGCUCUGAUGCCAGUGAUGCCACAAGGAGCUCAGCACUGUUCCGAAGCUGAGACUACCCAGAAAGAUCUUGGGAAUGGAGUCAAAAUCUCCAAAGAAAAGUGGCUCUUCCUGAUGGCGCAGCCAAAAGAUACCCUUUUGGUGAGGGACACAGCCAAGGCGAUAUGGGGGAUCCAAAAUCUCUACAAUAGGAGCAUCACGGGCACCCCAUGUCGCCGCUUUCUUCACAAGGAGGAUGGUGGGCCACCAAGCGUAGAAAAACAAGCGUUGACGCCUAGGAAGCUGGAUGCCCUGAGAAAUGCAUACGAGGAACACCUGAAGGUGCAUGAAAGCCAGCUACCAGUUGCUCAGCGUCGCCGGAACAUGAACCGGCAUCUGGCAGAUUUAUUGAAAGUUCUCAAGAAAUGAGCUGGAAGAAGC